AUGUCGGAGACCAAGGCUCUGUGGGCGCCCGUCAAGUGGGCGCAGCGCAAGGAGGCGCUGUACGUGACCGUGGACCUGCCGGACGUCAAGGACGAGAAGGUCUCGCUCACCAGCAAGCAGCUCACUUUCAAGGGCACGAGCAACGGGCAGCUGUACGAGGUGACGCUGGACCUGUUCAAGGAGGUGGACGUGGAGCACAAGGACAGCAUCUGGGCCAAGACGGACCGCAACCUGCACUUCCACAUCGUCAAGAAGAACCAGGACGAGGAGUUCUGGCCGCGUCUGCUGGCCGACAAGCACCUGGAGAAGACCAACGUCAAGGUGGACUGGAGCAAGUUCGUGGACGAGGACGAGGACGAGGAGCAGGAGGGCUUCGACAUGAGCGCGCUCAACGGCGGCGGCGGCUUCGACAUCAACCAGAUGAUGGCGGCGCAGAACGCGGCCGGCAUGAUGGACGACGACGCCAGCGACAGCGACGACGAGGACAUGCCCGACCUCGACCCCAACGACCAGUAA